GACACCCACCAGUAGAUGUAAAAACCAGUAGAGGUGUAACACCUGUCGAGGGCUCCACAAAUUGGGGAGCAAAAUACGGGACAAAUAUGUUCGCGAAAAUAAUGCGACAAAAAGCCGCAGUGGUGAUGCACGGGGCAAAAAAGGCUUUGAAUAAUAAAUAAACGACCUGUUGUUCUGGCGAUUAAUUGCUUUGCAACACGCGCAAGUCUUUUAUUACCUUGUUUUGAAACGAGUCCGUCGACACAAGACGCAGAAGAAUGCGGCAGCCUUUAUAAGAUGAUUUGCUUCCUCGUUGAUGAACGGAGCCAGAGACGCAUCACAGGGUGAGAUAUCUCUACUAAACACAAGAACUAUUGAGAUUUGUUAAUCAGAGGGACUCCGAUUUGAUAAUUAAAGGAAAUGGCUGAAAAAAUCACUCUUUUUAAAAGUUACCUGAGUUGCCAUGUUUGUUCAGAGACCUUCAGAGAUCCCGUGUCUCUGAGCUGCAACCACAGCUUCUGUUCAAGCUGCCUGAAGCGAUUCUGGGAACAAGCUGGAAACAAGAACUGUCCCAUUUGUAAAAGAAAAUCCUCUAAAGAUAAUACUGGGGUGAAUAUCCAACUGAAGGAUUUGGCGGACGUGUUUGCUGGGAGACAGAAAACUGGAUCAACUGAGACGGAACCAGAGAAGGAGAAAGAGGAGGUGGUGUGUGAAGACCAUCCAGAAGUCCCUUAUUGGUUCUGUGAGGACGAGCAGAAAGCUGUGUGUUCUGUCUGUGAGUCCUCUCUCCACCAGAGUCACAAGGUGGUUCCUCUAGAACAAGCAGUCAGGAACCUGAAGGACCAGCUGAGAUCUGACUUGAAGUCUCUGCAGGACAAGAAGGACAAACACCAACAAGUGAAGAAAUCAUACGAUGAAGUGAUUCAACUCUCCAAGAAGCAGCUGGUGUCCACAGAGAGGAAGAUCAGAGCAGAGUUCAACAAGCUCCACCAGGUCCUGAGAGAGGAAGAGGAGUCCAGACUGACAGCUCUGAGGGAGGAAGAGGAGCAGAAGGGGAAGACCAUCAACAGAGAGGUGAAGAUGAUUGAGGAGCAGAUCUCCUCUCUGUCAGACAGCAUCUCUGCUGUUGAAGAAGACCUGCAGAAACACAAGGUGUCGUUCCUCAGCAGUUAUAAAGCCACUCAGACCAGAGCCAGAGUCCAGAGCUCACUGACAGAUCCACAGCUGGUCUCAGGAGCACUGACAGAUGUGGCCAAACACCUGGGCAACCUGUCCUUCAGAGUCUGGGAGAAGAUGAAGGACCAGGUCCACUUCAGUCCUUUCAUUCUGGACCCAAACACUGCAAACUCCAAGCUCUCUCUGUCUGAUGAUCUGACCAGUGUGAGACGUGGAGACACAAAGCAGCAGCUUCCUGAUAAUCCAGAGAGAUUCACUAAGUAUGUAAAUGUUCUCGGCUCUGAGGGCUUCAGCUCAGGGAAACACAGCUGGGAGGUGGAGGUGGGAGACCAUCCUAACUGGCGGUUAGGUUUGGUUAAAGAGUCAGUUGACAGGAAGGGAGAGAAAUACGCUUCACCAAAAUAUGGAGUCUGGUGUUUAGCUCAUAGCAGUGGAAAAUACACUAAUGGAGCUGGUCAGCAUGUCAAAGUGAAGAAGAGUCUCCUGAGGAUCAGAGUCCAGCUGGACUAUGACAUGGGGGACGUGUCCUUCUACGACCCUGAAGAUACGACUCCCAUCUGCACUCACAGAGACACUUUCACUGAGAAACUCUUCCCGUAUUUUAAUAUUGGAGAGUCUGGAGAUGCUAAAACUGCUGAUAUCAAGAUCUGUCAAACUGAUGUUUCUCUGUGAUGUUCAGAGAAGGUGGUGAGGUCAAAGUGACUCAUCAGCAUGUUGAUUAAAGUUUUUGUUGUUGUGUAUAUUUUCAAUUAUAGAACGAGAAACUAAAAUGUGGAUAAUCAGAACUAUGUGUGAGGGAUAAUGUUCUAAAUAGUGUUUUGGUGUAAAUAUCCUUCAAGUACAGACGAGUAGAUUUACUGUGAUGUCAUUUCAUUUAAAAAUGUAUAACUAACUUUUUUUCAAAGUUUGCAUUAAAAGGCUUUAGUUUUAAAUCACGUCAUAAAGCCUCAUCUUACCUUAUUGAUGUUUAGCAUUAAACAAGUUUUUCAUUGUGUUUUAUAGUAAACCGUUUCAUAAAUAAAUGGUUCAGUUACUUCAGGUGUUUAAUUUGCAGAUUAUCGUUUUUAUUGAUGAUGAUGCAGAAUAAUGGUGGAGACAAAGUUCACAUUUUGGUUGCAGACUGUCUUCAUCACAAUCUGACCUCUGUUCAGGGUCUGGUAGAAAAUGUCUGUAUUUCUGAUCCUUCAGAACAUUUCUAUCCAUCUCUCAGGGUUCAAUCUAGGAGACAAUCACAAGAGAAUCCACCUCUGGAUCAGAUGCUUAGUUUAUAAAUUGUUUGUCUAUUUUUUAAAUACACAAAUCACUGGCCUGUUGUUUGUGUAACUAUAGUAUAAUUAAUUUAAUCCAGAUGUUGUGUUUCCAGAGUUCUACUAAAUAAAAUCCUUUAUUCUCAUCCA